CUUGCAUGCGUUUACCUAGCGUGCACGCAGGGCAUCCCUGUCUCUUUGAUCGUCUCGCCGUCUUGGGGGCGGGAGAGGGGAGAGUCCACCGUCCAGUGUUUUUGUCGUUGCGGGAAAUGCAUGUAGAAUGCAGGUGGGCUAAUAUGUAUGCGCUUAUGCAUGAGUAUGUACGUUGGAGGAAAAAAGAAAAGAAAAAAUGGAAAAAGAAAAAAAAAGAACGGUAGGAGGGAGAGUAAAAGGAAAAUAAUCAGAAUUAAAAAAAAAAAGAAGGCAAUGGACAGGUCGAGCGACAAGCAGCGGAUGGACAACGCAUUGACAUCGAUUGGGUUUAGGGUCGUUGCUUUGUGCGGUGGGGAUUCUGAUAUAUCAUUUCGGGGCGGUUGAGCUGCGAUUUAUUAUUGUUUUGGGUCUGGCUUCUAUUUUUCUUCCCCUUUCGGUUGGUUUAUUAUGUCAUCUUUUGUUUUGGUUUGGG